UAAGGCGCCUAACUGCUUCCUGGUGAGGAUGGGUUUUUCAGUUUGUUUUUAAAGAACUCGUCUAGUUUGACAGUUUGUUCAACAGUUUGUUCAACAAGAUGGGCGCACGAAUUUCUAGAGGAGACUAUGAAUGGGUUUACACAGAUGAACCACAUGCAUCAAGGAGAAAAGAAAUCCUUGCUAAAUAUCCUGAGAUCAAGAAGCUGAUGGGCCCAGAUCCUCGUCUAAAGUACAUAGUUACACUGAUGGUGAUAACACAAGUACUAUCAGCGUACUUUGUCAGAAACCAGUCCUGGACAACGAUCAUCAUUCUUGCCUAUAUAUUUGGUGGCACCAUUAACCACUCCCUGUCCCUGGCCAUUCAUGAAAUAGCACAUAACAUAGCAUUUGGACAUGGCAAUCCUUUAGCAAAUAGAUUUUUAGGAUUUUUUGCAAAUUUACCAAUAGGUGUACCGAUGUCUGUCGCCUUUAGAAAGUACCAUUUGGAACACCAUCGUUACCAAGGUGACGAAAUUCUUGAUCAAGACAUACCCAGUACUUUAGAAGCAAAAUUAUUUACAAGAACAUUUACAAAAUUUUGCUGGGUUUUGUUGCAACCAUGGUUCUAUUCCUUACGUCCUUUACUUUGCCAUCCAAAGCCAAUUAAUACUUUGGAAUUUAUAAAUAUAGUUAUUCAAGUGGUAUUUGAUGGUGCCAUCUUGUAUUUUUGGGGUAUAAAGUCACUGGGCUAUCUUGUAUCUGGAAGCUUCAUGGCAAUGGGCCUUCAUCCAUUGGCUGGUCAUUUCAUAUCGGAGCACUAUCUAUUUGUGAAGGGAUAUGAAACCUACUCGUACUAUGGACCUCUGAACUGGCUCACUUUCAAUGUAGGCUACCACAAUGAACAUCAUGAUUUCCCCAGUGUUCCUGGAAGCAGAUUGUCUCAGAUCAAGAAGAUUGCACCUGAGUAUUAUGACAACUUGCCACAUCACACAUCAUGGGUGAAGGUUAUCUGGGAUUUCAUCUUUGACCCCAAACUUGGACCCUAUUCACGAGUCCGCAGACAUACAGUAGCUAAGACAGUGAAGAAACAAGCUGUGAAUGGAAAAAGUGAUCAUACUGACUGAGAUAAUUGGCAAGAAUCAUAAAUGUUUUGUCACAGGUGAAGUACUUAACAAAAUGCUUUAUCUUCAUCUGGAUUGAAUCAAUUUUCAAUAUUUUGAGCUUUUUUCCUUUUUUUCUUCUUUUUUUUUUCUUUUUUUUUGAUAACUUUAUGAUUAAUGUAAUCUUAAGGGCCAUUCACCUUUAUCAACCAUUUUAUGGCAUAAAAGACCUUACGUUGGAGGGAAAGUGGUUAAUGGUAGCAUACACUUUUAAAACAAACAAAAAGGUUGUUAAAAAUGGCCUUUACAAAAUCAACAUUAUUGGUGUACUUUCAGAAGGUAUUAGGAGGGGUAAGAGUGCUAUUUUUAAAGUUGUAAACAUGUUGAUACUUCUUAACAAUCCCACAAUAAUAUUUUUAGUAUUAAGCUUGAAUUUGCUUGUAUGCAGAUAUGCUCCAAUUUCAGUGUGUUGAGUUACGUAGUGCAUUUGUAGCAGUGGCAAUGGGGAAAAGGGCUUCAGAGGUAUUUGCAGUGACAUUUUUUUAUUUUAAUCAUUCUUACAUUUGUAUUCUCUGCAGGCUUUUGUAUUUAAAGAUCUGCUUAAAGACUGUUUUCCUUAUUUUACUGUUUUUGGUUUAUUUUUAUUUUAUUUUUUUAUACAUUAAUUUUUUUUGGGGGGGGGGGGGGGGGGGGGGGGGGGGGAGGGCGGGGGUUAUUGGCACAUGUUGCAGGUGUAUUUAUAUGCCUGGACCUAUGUCAGUUGUGAAAACAAUAUUGUUUUCUGCAAUCUGAUCACCUUAUGAAAAUCAUUCCAGCACCUCAGUCAUAAAAUAAGUACCAUUAAAAUGGGGGGGGGGGGGGGAUAUUGAUAGAUAUUGUUAGUUAAUGUUAAUGUCAAUAAUAUACAUUGACAUUAAAAAUUAUAUUAUGCACACCAGGGGUUUAAAAAAAAAAAAAAAAAAAAAAAUAUUCACUUGCCCCAUAUAUUUUUCCACUUGCCCAUACUUCUUACGGUAACCAGUUGUGUUACUCCUAUUUAAUUUAAUACAGUGCUUAACAAUGUAAUAAUAUUGAAAGUGAUUGGUUUAAUUGCACAAAUAAAGAAUUUUGCCAGUAGGUUACAACACUUACCCAGGAUGUACUAAAUGUAUUUGUCUGUCCAGUAGUAUCCACUGUCUUCUCUACUUGUUUGUUUAAACUUUAUUUUUCAAAUGGUGUCCAUUUGUUGAUUUAAACUUUGUUAUUUGUUUGGUAGUGUCCACUUGUUCAUGUAAAUAUAAUUAUUGUGUCAAUGUAUGUCUUAGUGACCACUUGUUGUAUGGUCGUGGCUCUUGUGAGCCAUUACUUUAUGGCUGGCAUUGGUUCAAAAAUGUUUAAGGAUUUUGGGCCAUGUGUCAUUAUUGUGAGUAUACUAUUUAUCACUCUCUGCCCCAAAACACUUCUCUAGGAUGUUUUUACCCUGUUCAUAGCUGAGAAGUCUCUCGCAAACAGCUGUAGCUGGACUCAAAGUAAACAUGAGCUCUGUUACUCUGUAAAUGUUUUUAAAUAGUGCAAGUUUGGUAAACAACAGCAGGAGGGGUGUACAUCGAUUGCAGCCUUGUAUUAUUAAUUUAUUGAGCAUAAUUUUUUUCUUUUUUAAACUAUUAAUAAAGCAGAAAAAAUGAAUAUAUUCAUGUAUGCUUAGAGGGCAUCGUACCAUCACGAUUAUGAUGUAGGGCUAAUGGAAUCUAACUUCAUCUAACAAGUUCAUUUUACACCAACGUAGAUUUACAUUUGCAAAGUACUGAAAAAACAUUAAGUAUGUUCUGCUACAAGGUUUAUUAUAUCUAAACUAAAAAUUAGUAAAAUAUCUUGCAACUUUUAUAAGAAUAGCGAAGAGUGUGACGUAAAACAAGGUCAGGGAAUUCCCACCACAAGGUUGGUUUUUCACAAAUGUAGUACUUAGCAUUUCGUAUUAAGAAAUUAGGUUUUCCAUCUGCAAAUUUUCACAUUUGUUUCCCAAUUAAAUUGAUGUAUUAAAUGUACAUGCAAUAAACAUUUUAUUUACUAAAAAAUAUUUAAGAACAGUGAGUAGGUGCGUGUGUGCAGGAAAAUUUGUAACAGGAUCUAAUUAGUCUCUGACUGUCGCACUCGCAAAGAAGUAUACAGAGCUGCCAACUACUACGCUUAGUCAACUUUUGCUACACUCGGUUUAAAAAAAUCCAGUAUGAUACGCUAAUGAAAACCCGUAAUAACUUUUGCAACAGAUAAACGUAACUGGAUGAUUAGUGUAUUUGGCCAAAGUUUCUACUAACGAAUUUUGUUUUAUUUGCGAAACGUAUACAUUUCAUCUUUAUCACAAAUUAUAGGUCUACAUAGUACAGUUGAAAAGCAGGCGAUAUCUGGCAGUUAUACUAAAAAUUGAACGUAAUCUUGGAAUACAGUAACUAAAAACUGAAUUCCUCAUUUCUGUGGCUUCCUCUUUUUUAUUUCAAGAUAUAAAAGUAUAAUUUGUGGAUUAAGAACCAUUGUAAAACAGUUACAGUAAGAUGUAUUCAAUAACAGACGUAGUUUUACUUUGGCCGACCCCAGUGUCGCGUACUAUAAAACCUUCAAAGAACUGUUCUUUAGUUACGUUACACUUUCAUCCCAUGAAUAUAGAAAAUUGCAUGUGAACGUAUGGCAGUUAGGAAUAGAGUAAUUUUAAUUUUAAUUUGAAAUAAGAAUAUAAGCAUUCAAAUUUAGUAUUGAUCACAUCACACAACAGUUAAUUUUGGGUUUAUUGCAUUUCGAUGCUAGGUUGUUGUUAUUUUUGUUUUUUUUGUUUUUUUUAAAUUCUGGUCAUUCAUAUUCCUGUUCAAAUCGCCCGACUUAUUUGACAACAUUCGUUACAUUUUGGGUAUGUCUGUAUCCCUUAACCGAUGACGAGCGUUAUCUAUGCUAAAAAUAGCAUGACCCAGUCUUUUGCUGUUACUAUGACGUAGUUAUUUGCUGUUUUCUUUUGCUGUUGUUUAUGACAUUCGGCCAUGCUACGCUCAAAUAUCAUUUGCUACUCUCAGCUUGUCAUGAAUGCUACUCUCACUUGUGGCUAGGGGUUAGCAGCUCUGAGUAUACUUUGCCUGAAAAUUUGGAAAAUUAAAUAUCCUGAAAUGCAAUGUCCUGUAUUCUACAAGUAAAAUUCAUUCUGAAAAAUAGAGGGGUAUACUUUUUUAAUAUUUAAAACCAAAAAAUCUCUUUGGUACGGUCAUCCCUUAUGACACACACACACACACACACACACACACACACACACACACACACACACACACAAUGAAAAAGAAAAAAGAAGCAUACACACAAAAAAUCCCCAAAUUAAUGUUAUUCACUGUGAAAUCAUCAAUUCAAAGUAUCGUAUUUUCAAUGAUCAUUCUAAAGUAAAGGGUUAAAGUUAAAAAAAAAAAAAAAAAUCAUAAAUUCUUUUCCAAUUUUUCUUCACUCCGAUAGCAAUUUUGUAAAAUUUAUUUUUACAUUCACAAAUUAAGGGAAAUAAACAUAUUUAGUAAUACAGGGCUUACAAGUGCUUUGUAUUAUGUGAAAUUGUUUGACACGUACAGUAUAAAUUUUGAUUUAAACUGCUUACGUUUUGGGACGAGUUUAAAACAGAAGAAAACAGACCCUUGAGAAAAAUAAAUGUAUAAAAUAUGAAAUCAAGUCUGGAAAUAAGCGGCUGGUCACGGUUGUUGUCUGGUACCUAUUUGUCAUUUGUCAAGCUUUGACAGUCACAGACUUAAUAUUAGUAUUUCUGUGUUGAAGUAAUCCGAAACUAGUGCACUAGUGUUGAAGUAGUUUGAUGCAGUACGUUUUAAAAUGCAUGUUCUUACGAAUGGCAAUUAAGCAAUGAAAAUUAAAUACAAAUGUAUAAUAUUUGUUUUAAAAUAACUAAAGUACACAAUAUUCAAUACGUUUAUUAGAUGCUUUAUUAUAAAGUUAUUUCAGUUUCGAACGUUGAUUGGAAUUCAUUGACAUUUUGUUGGCUUCAUCACAAUGACUAGGCAGUUGUGAAUUUAAUUUUUCUGUUGUCAUUUUUUAAAUGUCUAUUUAACUAAAUCAAUUUUUUAACUUUGCUUCGUGGAAAGAUAUCAACUGUAUUUCCUUUCCAUAUGAAAUUGCAGCAUAUUGGAAAGUCUGACAAACCAUCAACUUAUUUGUCAACGCUCCAAUCCCAAACCAAGUGCUUAUAAAUUGCAUCAUUUGAUCCACAAUUGAUUGUAGUUAUUUACCGAUUUUAUUACUUUUUCUAUUAUUGAUAGUAAACAGAAUACAACACACACUUUAUUCUCAAUCCAAACCCAUCAAAACCAUACUUUUUAACUCAAGUAUUUCAGACUAGAUUGUUAAUAAACAUACUCUUUAAAUCAUUUGUUUAAGUACAGUAAAUACAAAUAACUUUCAGUUUUUAAAUAACAAUACAAAACUUGUAUAUUUAUUAAUUUAGAAAUGCUUUUUGAAUGUGACAGAAUGUAGCUAGCAUCUUACAAAGAAUGAUGUCAUAUAUUUUGUAUGAUGUCAUACGGCAAAAGCCUUACUAUGUUGACCAUACUCGAUUUAUAUACACAAAAAUGGAAUAAAUAAUUAUUUUGAGACUUCAUGUAGGAUUGCAGGGUAAAAGAAAUAACUGGUUACUUCUUAAGAUAUCGGCUUUAUCCUGCUCAGGUCGAAUGACAUAGGUAAUUUUGACAGGCACCGCUACAAAAAUUAUUUCCAGGCUUAUGAAAGCAUGUUCAUAUAAAUUACACAUACCCUUUGUGGUUUUACAUGUAAUUACAUUAAUAUUGUACUUACUCAGGGUUGAUCAAAAGUCCAUUCUGCUUACACUAAGCAUGUACAAAAGUUGGCAGAUGGCCUUAAAAAACAAAACAAAAAAACCAGACAGACAAUCUAAAAUUUGGGUUGAAAUUGCUCUUUUGUUUUCCAAACAUUUUGUUCCACAUCUCUGUUCAGUUAUAAAAAUAUGUAUUCAGUGAUUAUGAUUCAUGUCGUCUGCCAUCUUUGUUGUAAUUGAAAACAAGUCUGCGUCCAGUGGUUCAAACUGCUUUAUAAUUUUUAAGAUAAAAUUUGGUUAGCAGUUUCUAUGACUUGUAACAUAAAUGAUGUGUAUUAACUUGAUGUGUGCUGACCAAGCAGGACUGGUAAACAUUCUAACAAGCUACAUGUCACGUCUUUUAGGUACAUGUUCAGUGGACAGCUUGAACAGAUCAUCCCUGUUAAUUUAUGAGGAUAAUAGUAUAUACAAACUUAUGAUUCAUGGCAUAUUUAUAGUCAUUGCAUUAACUUUUAUAUAUUGUCUGUAUACACUGAAUGUUUAUGUGGAACAUAAAACCCACAUGGUUUAUUGAUUUCUAUUGGUUUAAUUUUGUUAAUAAUAUUUAGUUUUUGUACUGUAACUCUGGUUCAAUUUUGUGUUCAGUGAUAUUUGAAUUAUUUGUAUACAGUAUCCUUAAUUACCUGAAGUCUCAGAAUUUGACCUAUCGAUUCGGCAUGUAUUUACACUGUCGGAACAGAUUAGUUGUUGGUGUACAGCAUGUGCAAUUUUGAAAAUUGGUGGGAGUGCAUUGCCAGAGCUAAAAACAAAACAUUUUUUGCCUCAGUAUUUGUUAAGUUGUCUCUUACAUACUUACAUAACUUUGAUGAUAUGUUAUUAAAAAUUAGUUUCUGAUAUUAUAUGAUCGAAAUAUUAAAUUGUAUGAUCCAAAAUAUGCAUAUAGUGUGUUCUUAAACAUAUGGCUUUAAUCUUCAUUACUGUCUUUGUGUGUGUGUGUAUGUGUGUGUGUGUGUGUGUUUUUAAAUGCAGAACUGUGGUUAAAGUAUGUUAAGAGCAUGUUGGUAUAGAUCUACAUUACCUGUACACAUGUAGUUGAUUUGGGUGAUUCUGUGCAUUUUCCACACACACAUAAAAGCAAAUUACGAAAAACAAGUGCAGAAAUGUUCACUGCUUUCCAUGUUUGGUGAGUGAGGAGCACAAGCAUCUGCUCACCUCAUGGAGAGGCCUCAAACAAACCAUGUCCUUCAAAUGGUCCUUCCCCCACCCACCCCAGCAUCUUGGAAGUUAUUGUUUUAAUCUACGUUUUGUGAAUAAUAUAAUUUUAUAAGUAAAUAUUAACUCAGACUUUAUUUUAUUGUUUUAUUUGACUGAGGAAAUUCUGUUUGUCUUUACAUUAUCAAGCAUUUGGUACGAGUGUUUACCAGGUGAUUCUUUCAACUGCAACCUCUACCUCCCUUCCUUGUAAUCUUAUCAAAUUGCUUUUACAUAUCCUUUCAAUUGGUAGCUUCUAUUUGGUAUGUUUGCUCACUAGGUCAUGGACCUUUCAUCUGCACACACUGAAUAUCAUAACUGAUGCCAUGUUCAAUAAGUGAGUCUUUCAACAGUGCUGUAUAUUAGGUUUAUUUCAUUUGUUGUCUACAGAAUUACCCAUAUCAGCUGGUGGUGUUGUUGUUUGCCACAUACUGUUAGAUAUUAUAUUUGAGUAUACAAUGUUUGUCUUCCAUGUGCAUAAAGCUAUUUUCAUUAAAAAAAUAUGUAAAUGUGCUAAGUAAUAAUUCAUGCUUUUCCCAAUUUUAGGUAUUUGUGUUUAAAAGAGCUUUGCUGUCAUGUUCUUGGAAGCUUUAACUGUAGUAUUAAAACUGGUGAAAACAAAUGCCUUUGGUGACAGUAAAUUGGUUUUACUUUUAUCUUUCACUGACCAACAAAACUUUACUUAAAUGUUUGCUUCCUAAUUAUUGUACAAUAAAUAGGAAACAAAAACAUAUGUGACAUUCAUUAUAUAUUAUGUACCUUCAUUUGUUUUUAGAAAAAAAAAAGAUUUUUAAUUUAAUGUGAAAAUGAAAUUGUGGUUAAUGAAUUCUAGAGUGUGUGUGUGUGUAUGUCAGUGACUGCCGUUUGACGGACACGAUUGCGCCCACGCCUGUAUAGCACCUGUAAUUUACUAAAUCAUAUCUCGGCGCACACAAAAAAAUGCUCCCCUUAACAAAUUUGCAAGGUUAACAUUUUAUACUGUUAACGUAUAUAAUGUUUGAGAACUUGAAACUGAAACAAAAUACUUUCGUUCAGAAAAAUAAAAUAGUGGUGUCUUCCUUAAUAUAACGUAUCAACUGUUCUCAUUCGGCCAAGGUGGUCCGAAUUAUCACAAAUUUGCAGAACAGAUGGUUGAGGUGUGUUGCUUUUGUAGCAAUCCCGCAAAUUAAUUGUAACCAAUGUUAAAAUAAAACAAUAUUGCUAUGUUUAUUUACUUGUUUACUUACUAGUAACUCCCUGUUAUAUUUAAUUAUCGGUUUUUAAGUUUUGCUUUCAAAAUGUUAGCGUGUUGUUAGGGGGUGGAAAUUAGCGUUUGCCGAACUUGUUGCAUACACUUACGCCUGACAUCAGUGAAAACUUCAAAACAACAGUAUAUAGUGAUAGUUGUAAAGUUAUUCAUUGAGAAUGGUUAGUAAUUAAUUAUUAAUGAGCAGUUAAAACUUCAAAAUGACAGUGAUGAAAUUAAUAUUUGUUUGAUGAUUAUUAGUGGUAAACUUGUUAAUAGGACUAAAAUGAAAAGUACCGUGGUUAGUAUAAUUAUAAAUGACAGAGAAAUAUGAACAGAUAUUAAUUUUAUUGUUGAAUAUUAUUAUCAGUUUGGUGACAUUUACAUUUUAACAAUUAAGAUAUGCUAAUUUCUGAGGAGAGCAAUGACUCUUGUAAAUACAAAUUCAGGGGAGCUUAUUUUUAGCUCCUGAAGAUUUACAAACGACGGUCACUGGGUGUGUGUGUGUGUUUGAUUAAAAUAAAGGCUUCCUUUUAGCUUAUAUAGCUUUCAUGGUGUUAUAUAUUAAUUGCAUUUAAUUUUCAAUGGUAGAUCAUUUGUUAUUACAUAAAGUAAGUUCAGUAAGGAACUAUGUUGAUUAGAAGUUUGUAGUUAAUAAAUUAAUGACUACAAUGACAUGUGAUAUUGAACUUUAUGCACACACUAGAGCUGGGCGGUAUACCAUAUAUACCAUUCAGUAUCGGUAUCAUGUCAAUACUGAUAUACAGUACCGAGCAAAUUUCAAAAUACAGAAAUUUUGGUAUUGGAAAAUACUUCCCGCCAUUUAGUAAAGAACUAAUACUGUAUUUGACGAACGCAUAAUGGUUUGGGUAUAAAUCAGACACGAGUCUUGUGUAUGGAAUUUUAUUUUAUUUAGAUGAAAUUAGCGGGUGAGCCGUAACUCGGGUAUGCAUUUAAAGCUGAGUAUACCGAAAAUACGAUUCGAUAUCAGUAUCGGUAUUGUGUCAAUACCGAAUACCGUACUGAUACCGAGGUGAGUCGCCCCAAAAUACCAAUAUUGAUAUUGAACCUGAAAUUUUAAUACCACCCAUCUCAGUAUACACUUUAAUACUGAUUAUUAUUAUUAUUUUAUUAUAUUUUUUUGAACUAAAAUGUUUUUAUUCUCCUCUCUCUCUCUCUCUCUCUCUCUCUCUCUCUCUCUCUCUCUCUCUCUCUCUCUCAAAAAAUUGUUUUCCAGACUGCAAAUUGAUUAUUCUUGGAAGUUGUGUUCUGAUUAAUUGAUAUAUUUUUUAAAGGAUACUGUGUCAAAAGCUUUAUAGUUAUUGUAAAUGUUUUUCGAGAUAUAUUUUUGGUCUACUAUUAAAAAAUAAAUAAAAUAUUACCAUAAAAAUCGACAAAAAGUAAUUACGGUUGUGCAGUGCAUUAAUUUUUUUAUCUGCUGAAUAGUAAUAAAAUAAUAAAGAAGUUGUUAAUUAGAUUAAAAAGUAUUUAGUUGAUAUAGCUCUGUAAUAGGUCAUAUAGGGUAAUCAAAGAUCUAUAUAGAUACAUGUACAUAUGUAUGUAUGUAUGUAUGUGUGUGUAUGUGUGUGUGUGUGCAGUUUUUAUCCAAAAAUAUUAUCAGUUUCAACUUUGGCAUAUCUAAUCAGAAAAACUUGUAGCCAAAUUCAACUUUUAGUUCGCCAGACACAAAAUAGUUGUAGAUCUACAAAGGGAGAUCUACAACUAUUAAUGAGCUUUGUGGCAAAUUGAUAAUGAACUGAUUGAUAACUAGCAUUUGGCUAUUGACAGCUUAAAAAUUCUAUGUAUGUGUACAGGGUUACCCAUGUUUUUAGACUGAUAAUCAGCACCAUUUCCCAAUGGCUGUGUUGUUUUAUAUUCCAAAUUCUGAAAGUAAAUAAUUCCCAUUUUUAAUUAUUAUUACAAAUGUAUUAUAAAGACGAGGGGGGGGGGGGGGGGCGUAGCCAAAUGGUAAAGCUCUUGUGUGCUACACAGUUGGUCUAGUAUCGAUUCCAAUCAGUGGGCCCUUUGGCCUGUUUCUUGUUCCAGCCAGUGCAACAUGACUGGUAUAUCAAAGGCCAUGCUGUUCUAUCUGUGGGGAGAGUGCAUAUCAAGAUCACUUGCUGCUAAUGGAAAAAUGUAGCAGGUUUCUUAUAGAGGGUUACUGGUAAAACAUUUUUUUUUUUAUCAAAGAUCUAUAUAGAUGCAUGUAGCCGAUGAAUAAUAAAUGAAUGCUUUGUGUGCGAGGCGUAAAGAUCUGAUUGGAGAUCAAUAAUGGUGUGUGCUAGUUUUACUUAAUUCUACAUUUUAGAUUGUACAAAAUAGGUUUUGUUUCUUCUGAAAAGUCAAGGAGCUGUUCCAGAAUUGAUCACGUGAGGUGGGACAGGAGGCCAUCCGCAAAAUAAAGUUUUGUUUAAAUCAUGUGUGCAUAAUCUGGUAGAUGAAAAGAAAUAAUAAUUACAUCGUCUCCCGCCACCCCAUGUGAUCAAUUGUGGAACGACUCUAUAUAGCAAUACUAGCAAACGCUAUUUUCCAAACGCUCGUUAAAUAACUGAAAAAUGUAUAAAUGUUUUGACAAUCAUUGCGUUAUUCUCGCUAGCAUUUUUAAUGAAAGUGAUCUACAUAUUCAGCUAUUCAAGACAUUCACUAUUUCCUCUCAAAUAUAUUUUGUUUUUAACUAUUUUGUCAAGCUACUAGUAAUCGUUGAUUUUGUGUGCAGUGCAUUAAGCAGUUAAAUAAAAAAAAUGUUGUCUG